CUGUUGUUAAAGAUGAAAAGUCACGUAAUUUUACUAUUGAAAAGAUCUGUGCCAUUGAGGAAUUUGAUAAAAUAGAUAUUUUUGAGCAAGUUGCUAUUCAUGAAGCUAUGGAACAGCAGACAAUCUCUAUUGCAAAAGCUGAAAUUCAUGUAACACUGAAUGCUCGAACUUCAAUUUUAAUGGCAGCUUCUCCCGCAGGCGUUUUAUGGUGA